UAUGUUUUGCAUUUGGACCUCGAAUCGCCGCCGGAGGAGCGGCUGGAUCUGCAAAAUUAUGUCCAGAAUCAUUCCAUUUUUAACAAAUUUGGGAAUGUUAAGGUCAUCACUAAGGCUAAUCUUGUUACCUAUCGAGGUCCGACUAUGGUGGCCACUACAUUGCACGCCGCCGCGAUUUUGCUCCGAGAAGGUGGCGAUUGGGAUUGGUUUAUUAACCUCAGUGCUUCAGAUUAUCCUCUUGUUACACAAGAUGAUCUACUGCAUACUUUUUCUUACUUGUCUCGUGAUCUCAAUUUCAUAGAUCAUACAAGCAACAUUGGAUGGAAAGAGAGUCAGAGGGCUAAACCAGUGAUUAUUGAUCCAGGGUUGUAUAUGUCGAAGAAGGCUGAUGUGUUUUGGAUUACACAGCGGAGAAGUGUGCCAACAGCCUUUAAACUCUUUACUGGUUCGGCUUGGAUGGCGCUUUCUCGGCCCUUUAUCGACUACUGCAUAUGGGGUUGGGAAAACCUACCUCGGAUCGUCCUAAUGUAUUAUGCAAACUUCAUAUCUUCUCCAGAAGGGUACUUCCACACCGUCGUCUGCAACGCUCAACAGUUCCAAAACACUACAGUGAACAGCGACCUCCAUUUCAUAUCAUGGGACAAUCCUCCCAAACAACAUCCUCACCAUCUCAAUAUCAAUGACAUGCAAAGAAUGGUAGAUAGCAAUGCUCCAUUUGCUAGAAAGAUCGAAGGAGAAGAUCCCGUUCUCGAUGAAAUCGACAAGAAACUUCUACACAAACGCCCCAACAUGGUAGUUUCCGGUGGUUGGUGCAUUGGAAGCCACAAAAAUGGGACCGAUCCAUGCUCAAUCACCGGCAAUACUAAUGUAUUGAAACCAGGUCCUGGAGCAAAACGACUUGAAACUCUGAUCAGCUCUCUAUUAUCCGAAGAGAACUUUCGACCUCGACAAUGCAAAUAAAGGAGAUACAUCAUCAUCAUCAUCAUCAUCAUCAUCAUCACCAUCAUCGACAACAUACUAAAAAUCCCAAAUGGUAAAACUCAGAUCAUGGAGAAUCGGGAGAAUCAUCAUAUAUUUUGGUGUUUGGGAAGGAAAUGGCUGAAAGUGUACACAACAACAAUUCUCUUAGCUUUUUGUUUUCUUACAAAGCUUCUUGACAGGUUCUUUUUUCCUCAAUCCCUCUGCUGCUGCCGCCGCCGCCGCCGCUGCUGUGGCAACACUUCUGUUUUUGUUCCACUGAUACCUUUCCUUUGUAAUACCCAAAUGGAUGGAAGAAUUUGGGUGUGACUGACUCUUAGUUCAUGAAAUUUCUGCAUACUGUUAGUAUCAAAAUUCUGUCAGAAUCUUUGAAACCUCUAAAUUUAGUGUUCUUGUGCUCUUAGAAGUUUGAUAUCA